AACUUGAUUUAAAGUUGACUUUGCGCAAUAUGCGCAGAGUCAAUAUUACCACAAUAUUUCAUUCUGUCAUUGUAAGACGAAAUAGAUACAACACACUCCGUUAACUAUGUUGUAGAAAUGCUCAAGUAGUGGCUGACUGUGUGAAAAUAGUUUGAAAUGUGUUGAAUUUCCCGGUGGAAACAUAGACGUGACCUAGUCAACAUGAGUUACUGCAGUCCUUAUGAUAAAACUAGUUUUCUGUACUACGUCGACGAAAAUAAACUAUUUUCGGGUAUAACAUUUUUUACCUUCGCUGUAAUAGGGGUAUUUUGUUACAUUCUCAGGUGCUACAGUUUCUUUGAAAAACACAAAAUUCCCAGAGCAGUCACCCCAUCUGCCCCUUAUGGAAAUAUCAAGGACAUUCUUUUCCGAAACACAACAAUGUAUGUUUUUCUAUGGAAGUACUAUAACAAGUUCAAGAGGAAAGGAUAUAAAUUUGCCGGGUUCUACUUGUUUUUCAAACCGGGUAUACUCGCGGUCCACCCUAGUCUGACGUUCAAAAUUUUAUCUGACGACAGAGGGUUCGAUAAUGUUUCUCGCAAGAAAAACGUCCUGGAUUACAAGAAGGUUCUUAGGAUGUUCGAUGAUAGUAUACUUCAACAGCUGAUAGAGAGUUCCAACGCAAUAAAGCCUAGCCUUGAGGAACAACUUGCAGGAAAAACACCUCUCAAAGAGGUGCUCUAUGGCUUCUUGGCAGAAUCAAGUUGCCUUACUUUCGGUUUUAACAAGGGUUCAGCAGAUGUUUUGAUCAAGAGCGCCGAUGAAAAAAUUCGUUCCGGUUUUUGGCACUACUUAAAACUGGUUUUGUCUUUCACAAAGAGCAAAUCUUCAAACGAGGAUUUACGGAACUUCAUCAAAGACGUCUGCGGAUACAGGAAGAAGCACGACGUUAGGGAAAAAGAUCUACUUCAAUGUUUCACGGAUACUCUGAGAGAUGACAGAGAGUCUGAGGGAAUAAUUGAUGAAAUAAUCGAAAUUGCAAUCGAAAAUAUCAUUUAUAGUUGUUCCACAGUCCUAUUUUGUUUAUACGAAUUGGCCUCAAAUCCAGAUAUUCAAGAUGAUUUGAUUGGAGAGAUAAGAAGAUUCAAUAAGAACAAUAGUACCAUCAAUUUGGACAAU